UCUCUCUCUCUCUCUCUCUCUCCAAGAAGAUCAUACUUAAAGUGCAUAAAAACAGUAGCAGUUGCAAAGUAACUAAGGUUGAAAAUGAUCAAUAAAUACAACCCCAGCGGUUUAAAGAAGGGUUAUCCUUUUUGCCGAUCAGCCGCAACGUGAAUUACGCGAAAUGAAGAAAUAUUAAAAAUUUAAAAAAAAGAGUUAAGAGAGAAACAAGAGGGAAGAUUGUUAAAAUAAAUAAGAAUGAAUACAUUUAGUAUGUAUUAAACUUGUGUUAGUGAAUAUAAGUGUGUAGGUGUAUCUACUUAUCGAUCUUAUUGAUAUCAUUAGUGUUGAGAUCUUACCAUUCCUAGUGGUCAGCAAAAACGUCGUUCGUAAAAACUAACUGCAUUAUUAACGUUACCGGUGGUAAUUUAUUAUUUUUUUUUUUUUUUUUCCUUUUUUUUUUUUUUUUUUUUUUGGUUAUUUAAUAUUUCCGUUUCCACAAAAUGUCGCUAUCAACGAGAAGAUAAUUGUGAGCAACGAUUUCCAUACAACAUAUUACAGUUCACGUCAUUUUAUCUAUCUCUUUCUCUUUCAACGCGGAUAUUACGUGAAUAUUAUUUAUGUGUGUAUGGGUAUGUACGAUGUGUAUAUGUUUCCUCUUAUUGUGCGGGGAAAUACACUGAACUUCACGCGCAUGAAUAUAGAAGAGAACUAAAUUUGAUAAUAUCGAAACUUUAAUAGUACAAGAUCUUUUUGAUAAUCAAUGUGGACCCGUUGUUGUAUUACGGUUAAACAUAUUGUUAAGUGAUGUAUGAGAAGAGUUAAAAUAUGCCAUUGCAUUUAAUAUUUUUAUUAAUAUGGAGUUUUGUGAUAGAAGAAGGAUUAUGUAUCACAUUGAAGAGAGUUGCUUUACAACCGUCCAACCCAUUAGACGAUUAUUAUGCUUAUCGUCAUAUCUCAAUCAUUCAUUUCGAUGUACCAGAAUAUUCAAUAACUGCGGGAUUCAAAUUUAUAGUAAAAGAAGAAAAAACCGGUGGUAUAGGUAAAUGUUCUCCAAGAAAUGUUUCAUUGUAUUUGAAAUCCGGUAGUAUACCAUUAAUUCGUCCAGACGGAUCGAUUAUCGAGGCAAAACUUAUGAAGAGAAGACGCAAACACUAUGCUUUAAAUAUUCAAAGUAAUGGUAACGAACAUAUGAUUACUAUCGAUUCUCCAAUACCCGGUGACUGGUAUAUAAUUGCUUUUCGAAGUUGGACUGAUCCUAAUAGCGAUCAGAUCAAACAACAAGGUCUCGGUGCAUCAUGUGAUACUGUCCUCGAUGCUGAAUUGUUAAUAGAGAUGCCAUCUAUAGUAUCAUUUAUAGAAUUUAACAAAGAUUAUGAAAUCGAAUUAAACAAAAAUACAGAUACUUCUGUAGCACAAAUUUCAAUGCCAAAUAAUUUAUUAAACGCGGUACUCGUGUUGAACCAAUCCUGCGAAGAGGACUGUAAAUUUGCAAUACAUAUUGUUGCUCAGGAACAUAUCACAGGGCAGAUCAUUAACGAUACAGAUACUUUGAUCCCCUUCAAGCCUUAUUCAAAAACAUUCCAUUAUAUUACACUUCGUUUACUUUCUGGAAAUAUGACCAACAUUUUGUUAAGAUUCGAAAACGAUACUUCGUUCGUUGAAACUAACCAAGUUAAAAGUAUAAAUCUUAUAAGAAAAUCAUUGCCGGAGUUCUUUCUUUUCGAUUACGAACAUCGUGGUGAAAACGAUACGAAGUCUAUACCUUUCAAUUUAACCAGCGAUGGUCUUACCAUUCUUGAUUUUGAAAUUGGUCGAGUUUACGAUGUUGGCGGUACAGUGACAGUGAGAAUAAAAAUGCUUGAUGUGGAUAAAAAGGAUCAAAAAAAUGUUUUCGUCGUAGCUUGCAUUAAUUUGGGAUAUUACUCGAAUAUCACUGCUGGUGGAAGUUGUAUACGAGCACAAAACGUAACUGGGGCAGAUAUAUAUGCAAAUGAGACGGCACCGGCUCAUGUUCAUAUACCAUUUCCCGAACCCGGAAGAUGGUACGUCAGUUUAAAAUCAUUUUGCGUCGAAGGAAAAUGUAAUUGUGCUGAGAAUUGUUUGAACGGUACUACCAUCUGUCAAGAAUGCGAAUGUAUGAGCCCGUGUUCUGUUAAAAUAGAGAGCAGUAUAUCAUCGUCACCUUGCAUCGAAGGACGUUGUAAUUCGCAUGGAAAAUGUAUGCAUUACAUGAGCGGUGGCUUUGUCUUUUCAGCGUGUUAUUGUACCGAAGGAUAUCGUGGUUUUGAUUGUGCCGAUGGAACUUAUGUUCUCGGCAACAAAGACAUACUCGUACGUUGUUUGAUGUUAACCAUAAGCAAUCUUGGCUUCAUUGGUUCGAUUUACUUAGCAAUACGUCGAGAAUAUUUUACAGAAGCGAUCGUUUAUACCGCUGUAAUGUUCUUCUCAACAUUUUAUCAUGCCUGCGAAGCUGGAGAAAAUGUUUACAGUAUUUGUAUAAUGCGAUUGAGCGUUUUACAAUUCUGUGAUUUUUUCAACGCUCUUCUUUCGAUUUGGGUUACAUUGGUAGCAAUGGCUUCCUUUGGACCAAAGCUCACAGCAUUUUUUCAGAUAUUGGGUGCUAUUGUUCUUGCUAUGAGUUCAGAAAUGGAUCGCACCGCUCUUUGGGUAUUUCUUUUACCCGCCAUCACUGGAUCUUCUUUGAUUGGGUUAUCUUGGGGACUUACAUGUAAAAGAAGAAAAACUGUCCGAUAUCCUUCGCGCGUCUACAGAACCAUCUACUUCCCGGCGGGCCUUCUCAUAGUCUCUUUGGGUCUUGUUUGCUACGCCUUUUUACAAACGCGUAGUAAUUAUCACAUUGUUCAUAGUUUAUGGCAUAUCUGCGUGGCCGUCGCGGUUAUGCUUUUAUUACCCAAAAAACAUUAUAUGAAAUAAAUAUGUUUUUAGUAAAGAUAUUUCGAAUUCAGGGAACAUAAAUGAUAUAUAUGGGCAUGCAUACUCGUACAUACUUGUACGUAUUUAUUAUCCUAUAAAAUAUUGAUCAGAAAUUUUCUCAUGGUCAAUUGUAUAUUAUCUUAAUUAUUAAUCAAAAAAAAAUGUUAUUCUUGUAAAAUGAACUAUACGGCAUUACAUUUUUCCACGAGAAAGAUAUACAAGAAUAGUUUAUAAAUAUGUAAUAUACAUGGUGUAUCCUUAUGGGUAGUACAACGAGGCGGGGGAUAAUUCUACGUGUAAAAAUAAAUCGAAAUAAAGGAAUAACAUUUUUACGUUUGAGAUCCCAGCUCUGGGAUACACUCUGUAUAUAAAUAUAUAUACAUUUAUUUAUAAGAAAUUCGAAAGAUAUUUAAACGAAUUCAAUAAUAUACAGUAUCAAAAGCAAUUAUUUUAACAGUAUUAUUUAGCAUAUUCGCAUUUCAAUGCAAAAGAAUUUAAAAACAAAGAAAUCUUUUUAUCAAUUUCUAUUAAAAUGAUGGCAAAGUAUAUAUGUAAUUUAUCACGGUAAAUUGUUAUAAAGACAUUAUUAGAAAGGUUGAACACAUAUAACUUGUGCUUUUAAUAACGUAGAAUUAUUGUUAUUUAGGAUUGUAAGUAAAUGAUUUAAGAUUCGUUCAAAUCGUAUUAUAUUUAAAGUUUUAAUUUUCUAUUAAUAUAUUUCUAACGAUCUACACGCAAUUCCACAAGUGUAGAUUUGUUAAUUAUUAUUUAUAUGUGUGAAAUAGAGAUUUGAUUUGCAUCAUGUAGGAAUCAAAACCUCGCAUACGUAAAAAUAUUAUUUAUUAUAAUAACAUUAUAUAUAUACGUAUAGACGCGCAUAUAAUUUUGGUCAAAUGUACACAUACAUGCAUUAUAUUAUAUAUGUACAUUAAUAAGUCAAUAUCAUGGAUAUAGUAUAGAUAGCUAAAAAAUUUCAAAGAAAUGAAAAAACAGAAUAUAUAUAUAAACGCGUAUACCACAGGUACAUGAGUUACAUGUAUUUUUAAUAUGUAUAUUUUAAAUUGAACAAUUCUCUAGUCGACUCUAUUUUUCUUGUCCGAACUAAUGUUGAUAGUUUUUUAUGUCCGAUAACAAAAAAAAAACCAGUACAUAUUUACAGUGCACGAAUCAAUGCAGAAAAAAUUACAGUACUAUAUAUGAUAUAUCAUGGCAGGAA